UACUCGGCGGAAGUGACUGUUGCACUAUUCGUGGGUGGGAUGGCCGCGGGCCGGCGCUUGCUAAGGCUGCUGCGAGCACCCUCCAGUUCCGUGGCUCAGCGGCCACUCGAGGGCGUGCCCCUCUCUAGGGGCGUGCACGCGGGGCACGAGCCCCGAAGGCUCUCCAUCGAAGGCAACAUUGCUGUGGGAAAGUCAACCUUUGUGAAGUUACUCACGAAAACUUACCCAGAGUGGCACGUAGCUACAGAACCUGUAGCAACAUGGCAGAAUAUCCAGGCUGUUGGCACCCAAAAAGCCUGCACUCCCCCAAAUCUUGGAAACUUACUGGAUAUGAUGUACCAGGAGCCAGCACGAUGGUCCUACACAUUCCAGACCUUUUCUUUUAUGAGCCGCCUGAAAAUACAGUUGGAACCCUUGCCUGAGAAGCUAUUACAGGCCAGGAAGGCGGUACAGAUCUUUGAGAGGUCUGUGUACAGUGACAGGUAUAUCUUUGCAAAGAAUCUUUUUGAAAAUGGUUCCCUCAGUGACAUUGAAUGGCAUAUCUAUCAGGACUGGCAUUCUUUUCUCCUGCAGGAGUUUGCCAGCCGGCUCAGAUUACAUGGCUUCAUCUACCUCCAGGCUACUCCCCAGGUUUGUUUGAAGAGACUACGCUGGCGGGCCAGGGAAGAGGAGAAAGGAGUUGAGCUGGCAUAUCUUGAGCAGCUUCAUGAUCAACACGAAGCCUGGCUUGUUCACAAGACAACCAGGCUCCACUUUGAGACUCUGGUGAACAUGCCUGUGCUGGUGCUGGAUGUAAAUGAUGAUUUUUCUGAAGUAACUAAACAAGAAGAACUCAUGAGAAAGGUAAACACCUUUGUAAAAAAUCUGUAACCAAUACUGGGAUGUUCUGGCUGUGAUCUGGGCUCUCUGAUUUUCUGAAGCUGGAAAAAUACUGAGUCACGCACCUUUCUCUCCCCACUCCCAUCUCCUUUGACCCCUGGAGUGCUCUGGCGCUCAGCUGUAUGGUUUCUGUUAUCCUUAGACUUUGCCAUUGUCUUCUUUUAUAUCUCAAGGACUUCUAAAAUAAAGUUUUGCUUAUUUUGCUAA